AUGCAGGCUUCUGGGUGCUACAUAGAUUUUGUAACCCUGUUCCGUGGUUACGGAACCGCUCGUCGCUACACUAACACUGAAGACAGUCACCCCGAGAGCCUGUACCCCACUCCCGCUGUGUUCACCAAAGCUACUGUGGAAUUUAACUUCAGCGCUGCACCUUUACAUUCUGACCCCUCCACGUUUGUGUUGCUGCUUCACAACCCCGGCUGCAUCCCUGUGGAGUGGUCCUUCCUCUUUCCACAAGACCAACAGCUUGAGUUGGAGUUCUGGGCAAUGACCGGGGAGUUUACCAGCACCGAACUCUAUCAGAUGAAGGUCCAAGACAACCACUUGUUCAGUAUUUCUCCCCGCUCUGGACGCUUGAUGCCUGGCCAGCAGAGGGCAGUCACUUUUACCUACAGUCACGACUUCAUUGCAAUAGAUCGGUUCCCAGUUCUUUUAAAGAUUUCUUAUGGGAGAGAAAUAAUGCUGAUCUUUCAGGGCACAACGAUUGAAGUGGAUCGACCGUAUCUUCAUUAUUCCUCCAAUACUCACAUAUUUAACGCGGUUGCUACGGGAGACUACUACCCUCCCAAGCAGAUGUAUCAGCUGUACAACCAGGGCGCAGUGCCAGUGAAGUAUGAAGUGGACAAAGCAGCAUUUUCAAAAAUACAAGAGGAAAACUUUAACCACCCGGUGCUGCGCUGUCUCAACCCUCGCGGCGAGAUUCCACCAGGAGAGGCGGCCAUCUUGGAGUGGGUCUUCUCUCCGUUGGAGGCCACGCUGUACCAGAUGGACAUCCCUAUUCACGUCCAAAACGGAGAGUCGACCACCGUCCGGUUUGAAGGAUGUGGAAUUUAUUCACUAACUCCAAAAGUGUCAAACCGCAGCGACAACACCGAUGUUCCGCUUGUACCCUGCUGGCAGCGGGCACCUUUUCCUGAGCGACCUGCAUUUCUAUCUGAGGACAGUGUUCAUUUUGGGAAACUUGUGGUCUCCUCCAAAACUACAAGAAUGCUCUUCCUCAACAACGCUCACACUGACACGGUUCUCUUUGAGUGGGUUCUACCUCAACACAGCAGCCAACCACAGGUGAUGACCAUUGUUCCAAGCAGGGGACGUCUACUUCCUGGUGGAACAGCUCAUUUUGUCCUGACCCUGUUUUCCUCUAAAUAUCCCACAAAUUACCAGUUUGAUGCUAUCUGCAAGAUCACCGGUGAAGCCGCGCUCUGUGACUAUAUCAACGCACUCCGACACAUUGAAGAAGAAAAAGAGAGACUGAAAAAUGAAUUCAUCAUCACGGACAAAAUCCCGAAGGAAAACAAAAUGGUUCUGACUGAAAAGGAAGCAGAAUCUGUUGCUUUACGACAACAAGCUUUUUUGAACAAAUACAAGACUCUCCCUCCGAUCCGCGGCACCAACGAUUGUAACACGGUCAGAUCUUUAAGCAGUAAAGUCUCCAGAGCCGAACGCAGAGCCCUGAGAGAGCUGUCCAAAGUUGAGAAAGGCCCAGAGCCUCCAAAGCCGAGUCUGCUCCAUCUCUGGGUGACGGCACAAUCACACAGCCAUGAAGCCUUCCAGAAGUCACUGGAUCAGCGCAGAUACCUGGUCGAUGACACACACAAGCUCCAGGAGACCCGUCACUCACACAAACCUGAGUCUUCAGACCAAUUCAAGGUGAACGCAGAGAGCCAAGACAGUCCUGGUGAGGAGGAGAAGCCGGUCCGAGCCGAGCUGUUAGACCUGAUGGAGGAGGUGUGUCAGGCCACGCUGCAGAACCUGAUGAUAGAAGCGAUCCGAGGAGAGCUGGACCUCACCGCCUCCUCCCAGACCCUCGUUCUACCAACAUCAACAAGAAAUACAGCAGCGCCAAUAAACCUGGACGAUGAUGGAACAGGAAGCAUGGACAAGGAUAAUUGA